AAUGUCUACAGACUGUAUCCGUGUACGGAAAAGUUUAACGAAGUAAAAAUAAACUCGAUACUACCGAAAGGGCACAGCAAGACGAUUAUUUGCGUAAAAGUAUGUGAACGCCGGGACACUCUGUGACGCAAACAGAAAAGGUUGGAAAAACGUUCCGGGUAUUAGGAAAAUUAAAAAAAAGUUCUUAACCUCAAUUAAUGACAAGCUCGUCGAGUUCGACCUUGAUCUCGUGCGUACAAGCAAAGGAAUCUGUCGGAGGAGAAGAGAAAAUAAUAAAAAGGGACUGGAGCUAAGACGACAAAGAAAAAAAGCAAGGGCAAGAAAGUGAAAUCAUAUUGAACGGACGCUCUGUGAUCAACGAACUGUGAUACAUACUAAUUACGUUUCCUCUUUUCGUAUCUGUCUUUUUGUCCCUGUGCGUAUUUUCAUCUUCUUCAUCAUUAUCAUUUUGACCAGUACGCGUCAUCCUCGUUCCCUUUCAAAGUCCAAAGAAGAGAUAGAGAUCUUCGAGCUGUCCGUCAAGACCAGACGCUAUGGCCGAGAAAAACAAGGUAGAGAACCAGGAGACGUGGGCCUUGGUGAACUCAUCGAAAGUCCCGCAGACGGUACCCUCUGCUCCAAAAUGGAAUGAUAAUACCGUCCAUAUCGUCCCGACUAGUCCGGAGAAUGAUAAAAAGGCGAGGGGUAGUGCUUUGAGGCAGGUACUGGCUGCCUUUGCCGCUCAACUUGGUACAGUAAACACUGGCAUGGUCUUUGGGUUCUCCGCCAUUGCUAUUCCUCAGCUAAAAGCAACGAAUAGUAUCUUGAAGAUCGAUGACUCUCAAGCAUCUUGGAUUGCUAGCAUGGCCAGUAUUGGGACGCCUAUUGGCUGUCUGCUAUCUGGAUAUAUGAUGGAUACUUUUGGCAGGAAAUGCACUCUUCUUGUAACGGAAGUACCGGCGUUAUUAGGAUGGAUAUUAAUUAUAUUCGCUACGGACAUCAGGAUGAUCUAUGCCGGUAGAUUCUUCGUUGGUCUUGGUUCGGGAAUGGUGGGUGCUCCAGCUCGCGUUUACACCAGUGAAGUGACCCAACCUCAUCUACGAGGAAUGUUAACCGCUCUGGCCAGUGUUGGAGUCAGUACUGGGGUUCUCAUAGAGUAUGCCCUGGGUAGUAUGCUACCCUGGCACAUAUGUGCUGCAGUGAGUUCGAUAAUACCUCUAGUAUCUUUGAUGCUCAUGUUCCUCUUUCCGGAAACGCCGUCCUACCUCAUCUCUAGGGAUAGGCCUCAAGAGGCUAAAAGUGCCCUUAGACGUUUUCGUGGUAAUAAUUACAACCUGGACAAAGAAAUGGAUGCCCUGGUGAAUUUUUCAAACAAGAACAAUAUCAAGAGACUCACAGGAUUUCGUGAGAUAAUGACAGCUAUAUUAAAACCCAAUGCAAUAAAACCUUUUAUUCUACUUUUCCUGUACUUCCUGAUCUACCAAUGGUCCGGAACGAACGCUCUGACCUUCUACGCCGUGGAUAUAAUCAAAGAUUCCGGUGCAACGGUGGACAAGUACCUGGCAACUGUCAUCCUCGGAGUAGUGAGACUCGCCUCGACAAUAGCAGCCUGUAUUCUCUGUAGACGAUGUGGACGUCGACCUUUAACGCUGAUCUCAUCCAUAGGAUGUGGAUUGUCAAUGGUUGGCCUGGGGAGUUACAUGUGGCUUUUAGAAUACUGGAAGAGUAUCAAUAUUCCGGCAACCUGGACCUGGGUACCAAUCUUCUGCAUCUUCGCCUACACGAUAACUUGCACCCUUGGCUUCCUUGUGAUACCCUGGGUAAUGAUCGGCGAGGUAUAUCCUACCCAGAUACGUGGUGUCAUCGGGGGGAUAACUACAAUGUCGGCCCACGCCUUUAUCUUUACGGUGGUCAAGACGUAUCCUCUUCUGGCUGAUUCCUUGACAAGACAUGGUACCUUUAUUCUGUACGGAUGUAUAUCCCUUGUUGGUACCAUCUACUUCUACGUAUGUCUUCCUGAAACUAAGGGUAAAACGCUGCAGGAGAUUGAAGAUUACUUCUCUGGUAGAAGUAACAAUCUUAAGACAGGUCGGUUGAUCAAGCCUAAAGUCUUAGAAGUGAGAAAGGGACAGGUACUACCUUGAUGGGGAUGUAGUUAGUAAUUGUAAAAAUGUUUAAAUUGAAAAGUGGAUAUCAAAAUUCAGAGCACGUUACCGAUACGUGGAACGUGAUUAUAUGUUACAAAGAAAUUAAUAUGAUUCAAGUUCAGGUAUUAGAUCAAGGUUCAUGUUUUUAUUUUGAUUAUUACUAACGUUUUUGGGAUAAAGUGAAAUUAAUAGGAGAAUCAGAUUUUAUGCCUUAAGUCGGAGUGAUUUUUGGCUUGUUUGGUUUCAAACAGCCGGACGGUAAAGAUGCGACUGAAUCUGCACCAUUGUCUGGUAAAGAAUCAAGCCGCACCGUAAUGAAAGGGUAGGGAUACAAUAGGCCUUAAGUGGUGGGGAUAAAGACUCAGCAAAUCAUAUUUCUAUGAUCCUUCCCACCGUUUGGGGUCCCUGGUGAACGGGAUUGAAUUGAAUCAAGGAUGAUACCCGAAGAAGCCAGAAAACUUUGACGUAGUCUUUUUUCAGACAUACGAAAAUAAAAAAAAAGAACCUCAUCUGAAUGCUCUGUUCUAUGAAUGAUUUUUUAGAAAGAGCCAUGCUAGGUAUUAAAACUAUACAAUUUAGUGAUUGACUAAAACUUUAGAAGAAAAGACCCGCUAAUAUAUGCAUAUAUUUUAGAUAGAAUAUUGAAAUAUUGAGAUUAAUUCGUGUGCGAUUUCUAAUUUCGAGACUGUCGCUAAUACGGAAGCAGGACUACUCAUGAAUUGUACGUCCAAAGUUACUGCUAACAGUAAUUACGUGGUACAUUGUUGUAAGCAUACAGUUAUACGUAUUUAUUUAUACAAAAAUUGUCAACUGCGACUAUGUUCUUCUUUUGUUUUUUGCUUUUAGAAAGACUCGCAACCUGUGUGGUGCUCUUAUUUAUUGUAUCAUAGAAUUAAUAUAGUAACGUAUCACGCGUUUCGCAAUAGUCACUGUAGAAAAUUUGACAAACGAUUCGCCAAUACGUUAAAUUGUACAUAUGCAUAUCACAGUACUGUUUGUAACAUUAGGCGUACAUUAAUUAUAGAUUACUAUACAUUAAUGGAUUAUUGUAAAUAUCGCUCCUUGAAUGAAGUCACAAACUGAAUGACAUUCUAAAAACAGUGCUAAUUAUAAGAUAUUGUACAUGUACAUAUACUAAGUGUGAACGCGCAAAAGCGACUUAUUUUUGUAAAAAUAAAAAGGAAGAGAGGAAAACAAAGAUAAAGACAAGUAGAUUAAAUAAAGAAAAUUGUCUAUGAA